UCAACAUUGACAUCACUAGCAGCGACAAGUUUUCUGACAUAUUUACACCUGGUUAUUGUAUGGAAGUCAAGCGAUCAGCAGCACUUUUCUGUCCAGAUGCGCAGUCCAAUGGGGUACCACAGAGGCAACAGAUAAAUGCUAUAACUUCUUUUAUCGACGCCUCUAAUGUGUAUGGAUCGUCGGAUUCGACACAAAAAGCUUUACGCCGCCAGAACGAUAAAACGUUCUUACUGAAGACAGCGGUCGAUAGAAAUCAGUUUAAUGAGGAGCGAAUUCCAGAAGUUCCAGAAGAUGCAGAAGAUUUAGCAGAUAGUUGCACGCCGACCGAGCCUAACCAGAAAUGCGCAUUUGCAGGGGACUUAAGAGUGAACGAGGUUCCAACACUGACGACGAUCCAUUUUCUCUUCGUACUGGAACAUAAUAGGAUUGCAGAAGAACUGAAAGAUUACUACGACGACGAUGAAACAGUCUUCCAAGAGACAAGAAGAUUACUGAUCGCGAUCAUGCAGAAGAUUGUUUAUGACGAGUUUCUUCCAGCAAUUUUCUCAAAAAAGGGAUUGCAGAAGUACAAACUUCGUAGCACAGUUAAAUACCAAUAUGAACCAGAGACAAAUCCCUCCCUAAUUAAUUCCUUCGGCAUAGCCUACCGUGUUGGACAUUCUUGGAUACCACAACAAAUGAAGCUAUUUAGUCAAGAUCUUACACAAAAUAUACCGCCAGAUUUUUCUCUGGACACAGAAGAAGUUUACUUCAAUCCUAACAUGACUUAUGCUGAGGAUGGUUUUGCAAGGAUUGCCUACGCAUUAUCCGGUCGCCGGUCCCCCGACAUUGACAAUAUAGUAGAAGAACCAGCAAGAAGCCGCUUAUUCUUGGAUGAAGCCAGGAAUAUAGCAUUUGACCUUUGUGCAUUGAACAUACAAAGAGGGCGUGAUCAUGGCCUUCCAUCCUAUAAUAAGUACAGGGAGUUCUGCAAUUUAAAGACUGUCGAUGAAAAGUGGGACGAAGAUGACUACGGUGAUUCUGGACUUACUGACCACACGUACGGAAUAAGACGGCAACUGAAAAAGGCUGGCUAUAGUUCGCCACGUGAUAUUGACCUGUUCACGGGAGGCAUAUCUGAGAAAAGUGUCAAAGGUGGGAGUCUUGGUCCAACGUUUGAGUGCUUGAUUGGUGAACAAUUUAAACGACUGAAGUUCGGUGACCGAUUUUGGUAUCAGAACAAAGAUGCGGGCUUCAAGAAAAGUAGGGACCUAACUUGUUUUUGUCCGUGUUUGUAAAAAUUAACAUGUCUG